UCAUUGUCUUCCAAUUGAAAUAGCCCCAUUAAGUGAGUGUUCCGCGAGAAAAGAGAGGCUGACAUCUUUUCUUAUCUAUCUAUUUUCGUAAAUGAAGAAGAUAAGUGAGAGCUUACUGACUGCAUCUUCUAAGAAGGGCUUGGAAGAAGAAAUAGAAUCUCCUUUCUUUUUCGAGAAAAGGUCCCAUCCUUCAAUAUCAUGAUUGGGUCGACCAGGCCAGAUCAUGAGUGAAAUAUCAUGAUCGGGUCGACUAGGCCAGAUCAUGAGUGAAUAGAAAAUAGAAAAUGUACAUAGCAGUUCCAGCUGAAAUACUUGGAAUAAUUCUACCACUUCUACUAGGAGUAGCCUUUUUAGUGCUAGCUGAACGUAAAGUAAUGGCUUUUGUGCAACGUCGAAAGGGUCCUGAUGUAGUGGGAUCAUUUGGAUUGUUACAACCUCUAGCAGAUGGUUUUAAAUUGAUUAUAAAAGAACCUAUUUCACCAAGUAGUGCAAAUUUCUCCCUUUUUAGAAUGGCUCCAGUGGCUACAUUUAUGUUAAGUCUGGUCACUCGGGGCGUUGUACCUUUUGAUUAUUGUAUGGUAUUGUCAGAUCCGAACAUAGGGCUACUUUAUUUGUUUGCCAUAUCUUCGCUAGGUGUUUAUGGAAUUAUUAUAGCAGGUCGGUCUAGUAAUUAGGGGGCGGCCGUUCGGUCACCUAUGAUACUAGGAACAAUA